AUGAACGCUAAUAGUUUGGACAGUGAUCCGGCAAGGACGCCAAAGCAGAGAACGGAUAUCGAUAAUGAACAUCCGGAAGCGCAACCGUUGCUAAACAACAAUCACAGGACACUUGGCGGAGGGUCUGCUAACGACCCAACACUCAAUGAGAGUCGUGAUAUUGAAUCCGACGGGUUCAUCAAAGAUAGUUUAUUUCAAAUUCGCAAGGGUUAUAGAAUCUUUAUUCAUAAUUCCAAAUGGAUUUUGAACAUCCUAAUCCUAGUUAACACUAUUUGGCUGGUCACCACGUUGAUUUCGGAUUUCUUUUUCAAUAUUAAUAUUCUUUUCGGGUUCAGUAAUAGGUAUGCAAGUUUCAACGACUUGACUUUGAUUUUCAUAUCGAUCAUUGCUAAUUCUUUUAAUCUCUGGUUUAACAAGCUGGGACUGUACUCAGCUUUAGAUUACAGCUUGAAUGUGACUCUUUGUGUUUUGACGCUGUUCAAUCUGGCAUUGACUUAUCUAAUUAAGUAUACCAGACAAAGAAUUGGAUUCGUGGGCACGUUUACAUAUUUGUGGACUUCGUUUUCAUUUUUUAUUGGAGCGAUAUUAGAUUGGUAUCUCUUAUUUUACAACAAUUCAAUAAAUGAGCCAUUAGAAGAACGCAGAAUUGAUGAUGCUACUACUACCACCUUCAACGACAACCAUACAAAUAGUGCCGAAAACAGGGACAGAGGCCAAUAUGGAUCGAGUUCACCAGCCCCCACCCACCGCUCGCAACUGGUUCAGAACAAGCAUACUUUGACAGAAUGGGUGUCCAUUGGGUUCAGAAAUACUAUUAAGUUUUUCAUUUUGAUCUUCUUCGCUUUAUUCACUCUGAAUACACUUCUGACGACAUUAGACACCUACAGAUUGACUCAUAAAUUACCAAUAACUGUUCAGUCGCCCUCGUAUGAGGCAUUCCAUUACGUCGAUGCUGCUAAGACCUAUCAAUUACAUAUAACUUGCUAUGGUGAUGUAUUUGAUCAAGAAAACAAUACAGAUUCGGUUGGUAAAGACAAGAAGAAGCAACCUAUCAUCUUAUUUGAACAUGGAGGUUAUGAUACUGGUUAUCUCUCAGCCACUUGGAUUGAAGAGCUAUACCACUUAGACAAAAUACAAAGAUAUUGUCUAUACGACAGACCAGGGUACGGAUUAAGCGAUUCUCCUCCUGCUCCGAUCUCUAUCGCGAUGGUAGCCGAAUCUUUAAGGUACGCAUUGAUCAAAGAUGCAAAAAUCAAGGGUCCCUUCACUACAGUCGGAUAUGAUCUUGGCGGGUUAUUUACUAGAGUAUUCACUGCCAAGAACGUUGAUAUUGUGGACAGUAUGAUGCUUGUCGAAUCGUGGCAUGAAGAACUGUUGUUAAAGAACUAUAUUCAAAGGCUGCUACCUCCAGGCCGCGGCGAUGGCGAUGAUGGCGAUGGUGACGAUGGUGAUGAUCGUGAUGGUCGCAACCAUGAUAAGACUUGGUUGCCUUCGGAGAUAGAAAGGCAUAACGAAUUCAGACUAUGGUGGAAAGGCAUUUGGUCGAGUUUAGGAUGGAGAUUACAGACUUCGUGGUUACUAGCUCAUCAUGGCUCUAAAGAGCGUAUAUAUGGGCGUGAUAUGAAAUAUCAGGGACGUUUCUUGCGUUCUAAGUUUUUGGAAAGUGUCACAAGUUCAAUUUUAAGUUACAGAGACGUGACAAACAAUGCAGAGUCUUUACAAAAUGUCAAGACAAGCAUUGUUAGCUCUAAGGAAAUGGUGAAGAAAUCGGCAUUAUGGGGUGACUGGCAGAGAGAUUUGACAAAGAUUUCUCACAAGACACAAGAAUGGAAAAUAGUUGAUGGUGGACAUGAAAUAUAUAAGUAUGGUCUAGGCAAACAGCAAACCCAAGAAGUCCUAUUAAGAUUAAUUGGAGAGCUUGGAAAACUGACGCAGGACUAG